UACUGACAUCAGGAGGCUGGUGAUGUCAUAGUGAUGUCAAUAGCUUUAAUUGUAAUUGCACACAUAGCUAGUCAGUGUGUGCUGAAGGCAGACAGAGAAACACAUGGCUAUAAUUAGAGAGGAGACAGAAUCAGCUGCUACAGGAGACGUGUCAGCAUAUCAGAUCUGUGCUCCCACCACCAGCCUGCCGCAGGGUGUAGCGAUGGCGAGCUCACCAAGCCCUCUGCACAGCUCUCAACAACUUGCUGAAGAGGCCUCACGCAAGAGGGAGCUCCGCCUGUUGAAGAACAGGGAAGCUGCACGGGAAUGCCGCCGGAAGAAGAAAGAGUAUGUCAAAUGUCUCGAGAACCGCGUUGCCGUGCUCGAAAAUCAAAACAAGACACUCAUCGAAGAACUCAAGGCCUUAAAAGACUUGUACUGUCGCAAAAACGAAUAAGAAAAAACUGUUGGAGAUCACACAUUAGAGAUCGCGCUCUUUACGGAUUACUGAAUGCACCUAAGCAAAAGCACUUUUCACUCUGUUUAGUCACUGCUCGCAAAUGCAGAAAACAGGCCACAGAUGCAUUGUUUAUGUAGUUUUAUAUCUUGAUGACUGUGAAGAUUGUAUGUGUGUGCGUCAUGUGGUUGUCUAACAGAGCUGAUUUGCUGCACUGAACCAGUGAAUGUGGUAUUUUGCCUUUGUCACUUGUGCUUUUUCAGGCAGGCAGCUAAAGUGUGUCGCCGUAGAAAAAGGGAGUAUGUAAACUGCUUAGAGGCCCAGGUCUCCAUGCUGCAGAUGCAGAACAAGAAGCUCAUGGAAGACCUAAAGUAUCUGAAGGGAAUCUGUGCACAGCAGUCAAGUU